UCCAAAAUCCCCGGAUUGGGAACGCCACAAGGCCAUGCCUGACUUGUGGCCCAAUGAUGUGGGGGUGGGGGAUACAUCAGCCUCCGCCAUUCUGCAGCCACAUGUCUUGAAGUUUGCACCACCGGUCCAAGCAGUCGCGUAUUUGAAUCAAGUAUCGCCCGUCCAUUCUGGAAUGAACACUCAAAGAUAAUUCAGCCUGAUUUCUGACCCAUUCCGGACUUCGUCAUGGAGUCAACAUUCAGACUCCCAGCUCCUACGUCUCAUGGGCCUCGCGAGUAUGCGCCCCGAUACACGUCUGACGAAUGGGAAGACAUGAAGCCGAAAAUUGAACGCCUCUAUGUCCUGGAACAGAAGACUCUUCAAGAGGUCACGCAUGCUUUGGAGCACGAAUAUGGCUUCACUCCUACGGAAAAACAGCUCAAGAGUCGGCUAACGAAAUGGCGAUUCGACAUCAAGAAUGUGAAAGGAGAUGUUAUGGUUCAAAUCGCACGCGUACGAGUAAAGCGGAAGAGAGAGGAUGACAAAGACAGUGGGUUUCGUGUCGACAAGAAACCGGUGGCUGAAAGGAAUAUCAAUCGAUAUCUUAAACGGAACAAUGUCACUGAAGAAGAUCUGCUGUCCAUGCCGAGUCCAAGCGACGCGCCAUCUCCUGCUUUCAGUGUUUUCACACCAGGUCCUGACUCACCAUCCAAUACCUGUCUUCAAACAGUUUCUUCAUCCGUGAAAAUUUUUGCCACAAGGCCCUGUGGAAAUUGCAAGAGCCGCAAGAUGAAAUGUGAUAAAACUCUCCCAAAGUGCUCUCCUUGCACCAGGUUUUUCUGGCAAGAUUUACUCUGCAAUUGCAGCCCUGUACGCAAACUCGCUGUAUUUCAUAACCAACUUAGUCGCUCAAGCCUGGAUGGUACUUCGUACCAAUCAGCUGAGCUCUCCUUGUCUCACCUCCUCAACUCUGCCACAACCACAACGGCUUCCUCGGACUCCUCCACUCCGUUUCAUAUGUUCGGACUCAGACAAGGUGGUCUAAACCACUAUGGCGACGUCUUUCCCGGGGCGCUUCCCGGAACCAUUCAAGACCGACCAGAUAGCCCUGAAGUCCUUUUCUCGCGCUUUCGAGAACAAAUUUGUCCCAUGCUGUCAAUCACGAGUGGCGAAAACAACAUGUGGCAGACUUUGAUACUACCACGUAUGCGGAGCUCAGAAAGCCUACCCCAUGCCAUAUCUGCCAUCACGGCUCUGCAUGUAUCCACACUUAUAGCCGACGUCCAACUUCAUAAUCAUGGAGCGGCCUCAAUAAUUCAUAGCCUUCGCAUAUUGAGUAACGAGCUGAGCCGCCCAGGGUUCGAAAUAUCCGCUCUUGCAACAGUCCUACUCCUGGCAUCCUGGGCAAGGUGGAAUGAUAGUUUUCGCGAGGGGAAAACACAUCUCAAGGGAGCGUUUGCAAUCGUUCUGAAAAUUGUGUCAACUUUGUUUUAUAUGGAUGCACUCUCAGAUCUGGUGCAGUCAACGAUCUCAGAAGAAAAUCCUAGAACCUGCUUAAAAUUUAGGGGAUUUAUGCGACCAUUUCCGCCGAAUUGGGAAACACAUCCAUGCUCUGUCCUUCUGGAUCCUUGGAUCUCCUAUUCUUUGACCUUUGUCGAGUUGAUUUACGCUGCAGCAGACCUUUGCUACGAAGUCAGGAUGGCAACGGUAACAACUUCAGACAUUAUCACAAAAGCCGAAGCCUUGAAACGCAAAGUCGGGCGAUACUCCCACGACACGAGCUAUUUAUCUACGACUACAGUACACCUCUCUGCCUUGGACAAGCAAUAUGUGGUACAUACUGCGGAGGCAUACCGAUACGCUAUUCUUCUAUUCCUUCAUCAAGUUAUGCCAGACAUCUUUGGUAUGGCCAGCAGUCAGUGCCUGGCCCGGACCACAGUUAAGCACCUCUCGCGUUCUCCACCGAGUUGUUCGGUAACCUUCACGCAAAUAUAUCCACUGUUUGUAGCAGGCUGCGAAGCAAACAACAAGGAAGAGAGGGACUGGGCCAAAGAACGAUGGGUUGCCAUGUUAGCACAUAUGAGAGUUACCAAUGUCUCCAAGUGCUGGGAAAUAACCCAAGAGGUGUGGAAGAGACGAGAUGCUUAUCGGCAGCAAAGAAUGCAAGGUGUGGCAGACACUGUUGAUAAUAAGGAUCCAGAGUUCUCGGUCAAGGGCCGAUUGCAUUGGGCGGCGGUUAUGAAGGAUUGGGACUGUGAGGUGUCUUUCUAAAAGAGCCAGGCAAAGAGAGGCUCGUCAGUUCAGUUGCCAUGUGCAGCAUUUCAACUGUCAUGAAUGAAACAGGGGCGCGUUGAAACUUGCGGGCGCUGCAAAUUAUGUAUUUCGUUACACUACUUAUACAAAUUCUAUUCGCCUCUUAAUUGCAC